GCGGGGCCGGGAUGAGCGCAGCGGCGGCGACGGCAGCAGCAGCAGCAGCGGUGGCAUCAACAACAUCAACAACAUCAUCAUCAGCAGUAGCAUCAGCAACAGCGGCAUCAGCAGCGGCAGCAGCAGCGCGGCCACUCCGCUGAGACGAGCCAGCAUGCCCAACGUGGCAGAGCCCGCGGCUGAGCGGCCCGCGGCCGUCCUCAAGUGCGGGUACCUGCGCAAGCAGAAGAGCGCGCACCGCCGCUUCUUCGUGCUGCGCGGGCCUGAGCCGGCCAGCCCCGCCGGCCGCCUCGAGUACUACGAGAGCGAGCGCAAGUGGCGGCAGCGCUCGGGCGGGCCCAAGCGCUCCGUGGCGCUGCACACGUGCCUGUGCGUGAGCAGGCGCGCCGACGCGCGCCACCGCUACCUCGUGGCGCUCUACACCAAGGACGAAUACUUCGCCGUGGCCGCCGAGAGCGAGCAGGAGCAGGACGCGUGGCACCGCGCCCUCUCCGACCUGCUGGCGCAGGCUCGCGCUUCGCUGCCGCCCCACGUGCCCGGGGACGCCGGGGGGGCGACGAGGCCGCGCGCCGCCGCGGGGGCGGCGAGGGGCGCGGGGGGGGUCGGAGGGGGUGGCGGCGGAGGCGGUGGAACGUCAGGAGGAGGAGGGGGAGCGGGCGGAGCGGAGGAAGAGAAGCUGUGCUCUGACGCUAUAUACGGGGCCGUCCCCACCGCCUCCUCGCCGCAGGCAGGCACCUUCUCCAGCGAGGUGUGGCAGGUGACCCUGAAGCCUCGCGGACUCGGCCAGAGCAGGAACAUGUGCGGGGUGUACCGGCUGUGCCUUUCGGCGCGCACCAUCAGCUUCGUGAAGCUGAACUCGGUGACGCCGGACGUGGCCCUGCAGCUCAUGAACAUCAGGCGGUGCGGCCACUCCGACAACCUCUUCUUCAUCGAGCUGGGCCGCUCGGCCGUCACGGGGCCCGGCGAGUUCUGGAUGCAGGUGGAGGACUGCGUGGUGGCGCAAAACCUGCACGAGACCAUCCUGGAGGCCAUGAAGGCGAUGGGCGAGUUCCCGGACUUCAGGCCGCGCAGCAAGAGCCACUCCGCGUCGAGCAGCUCCACCAACCCCAUCUCGGUGCCGCAGCGGAGGCACAUGAAGAGCCUCCCGCCGAGCAAGACGGGGCUGACGCGGCGCUCGCGCACGGAGAGCCUCAACGCCGCCUGCUCGUCUCCCGCGACCAAGGCCGGCCUCGCCGGCAUCCGCGUGCGCACGGCCAGCGAGGGCGACCGCGCAGCCUGCAGGCCCUACUCGGUGGCCGGCAGCCCCGUGAGCGUGAGCCCCACGGCGUUCAUCGGGGGCUACCCGCACUCCCUGCGCAAGAGCUCCAAGCUGCAGCCGCUGCUCAACGUGACGGGCCGCUCGGUGUCGGUGCCCGCGGCGCCGUCCCCCACGUCGCACGUCACCAGCCCCGUGAGCAUGUCGUCCACGAGCAGCGGGCUGGGCUCCACCACGGACACGCUGUACGCGCGCCCCUCCAGCACCUCCGUGUCGGGCUCCUACAGCGACGGCGGGUUCAUCUCGUCCGACGAGUACGGUUCCAGCCCCAUCGACUUCAAGAACCACUGCAACCGCAGCGCCACGCCCGAGUCCCUGGGCCGCACGCCGCCCGUGAGAGAGGAGCAGGAGCCCGACAAUUACAUGUCCAUGGACCCGGGCUGCGGCUACGCGGGCUCCGCGGGGCGCGCCAAGCGUUCGUCUGUGGAAGAGGGCGAUGGCGAGAAGGCGCCUGGGUUGCACUCGAAGCGCGGGUACUCCUCCUGCACCGCGCCGCCGCUGGCGUUCCACCAGAAGCCCUCGCAGGCCGCGGCCGGCUCUCUGGAAGAAUACACGCCCAUGACGCCCGGCGGCGGCUACCCGGGCCGCAUGGCUUACUCGGUGUCGCCCAGGCCGGCCAGCCUGCCGGCGGCACGGGUCACGCGGCACGAGGAGUACGUGGCCCUGGUGACGGCCGGCAAGCUCAAGGACGACGACGGGUACAUGCCGAUGUCGCCCGGCGUCGCUCAGCUCCCGCCGCCGCAGCUCGGCUGCUGCAACGCUGCCGGGGGCGGGCGUCACGACGACUACGUCCCGAUGAGUCCGAAGAGUGUCUCGGCCCCCCAGCAGAUAGUGAAUCCCAGGCAGAGGACCUCUGCGACGGACGACGGUUACAUGAUGAUGUCUCCCGGUUUGAACGGUGGAAACUUUUCUCCCGACGCGGGCCAGGAGUACGUGGUGAAAUGGGCGAACGCUAGCAACCCCGUGGGGUCUUCUGGAAGCGCGGACGACGGGGUGGGCAACAUGUCAGGUCAUUACAUGAACAUGUCGCCCGGCGGAGUGAUGGGUUCGACGCCGGAGGAGAUGUUUGCGCCGGUGAUGGCUGGGACUGAGAAAGUAAGCUACCUCUAUAACGCACUGCCUCACUCGUGUAAGGCAGCCACGAGAAAGUACAGCGUCGUUCAGCCCUGCGCGCCCGAGAGCGACCCCGCAAAUGUGAAAACGAGACAGGAGAUCCUGUUCGGCGGAGACAAGUCUUCGUCUUCGAGCAACGAUAGUUUGACAAGCGACGGCACGCCCUCCACGUCUGGCUCUGGCAUCAGGAGAGCGGCGAAAAAGCAGAGCGGCAGAACUAUUUGUCCGAGCAAGCUGCUGCUCAGCCGCAUCAAACCUGAGCCCCAGGAGCAGGGCGCCGAGCCUCACCGCGUCGCCGAGCCGGUGAGCCCCGGCGAGUACGUCAACAUCCAUUUCAGGGCAAAGGUCGACUGCGCCGUGUCGAACUCUGACCCCGCAGACCUCGGCAAAUCGUCGCUGAAAAGCACCCCGACUGACUCCCCCACGUGCUACGGGAUGAACGGAAGCUGGAGACCAAGCCCCAGAAAGUUCGAUUGCGUGGGCCCUGCCAAGCUCCCGGCGGGCGAGCCGGCGUCCCCGAGGUCCGUGCCGGGCCCAUUUUCGCCGGAGGAUCCCUGCGCAGGCCUCGGCUACCAGCCAGUGCACGUGGGCGGCACGCAUCUCUCCGCGCCCCUGUACGAGGCGGAGAGCGACUACACGGAGAUGACCUUCCAGGUGGCUCCCCCGCCUUCCGCGUCAAAACCCCUGCCCUCCCCGAAGCCCGAAGCGGCCAGGGCGGUGGGCCUGACGCCCGGGAUGAAUCGGCUGUCGCUCGUUGAGCACGCGCCCGGCGGGACGCCCACCUUCGCCGUCUCGAACCCGGACGAGGGCGCCAAGGUGAUCCGGGCCAACGAGCAGGGCCGGCGGCGCCACAGCUCCGAGACGUUCUCCUCCGUGUCGUCGGCGCCGGCGGCCAAGGCGUCGACGACCCUCGGCUCGCAGUCCUGGUCGCUCCUGGAGGACGCCAAGCACCACGGCUCCUUCGAGAGCGUGUGGGCGUCGGCCUCCUCACCCGGUGGCACGGGCGCGAUGGAGCAGGGCCUGUCGACGAUGUCGCGCAAGGCUUCGGCCGGCUUCGAGAACGGCCUCAACUACAUCGCGUUCCUGGUGUCCGACGACGGCGCGGCCGCGACGGCGGCGGGCGACGAGGGCGGCGGGCGCCGGUCGACGCACGUCAACUGCAGCAACGCAGCCAAGGGGGACUACGGCCCCUACAGCAGCAUGGACUUCCCGAGAGCCGCGGCCACCGCCCACGAGAGUUAAUGACGCACGGAGCCGCGAGCGUGGCACCACGGUGGCCCGACGGGGGCUCUGGGACCAAGCCACCGGCCAACCCCCCCCACCCACCCAUCCACUCCCCGCUGGCGGGAACCCUCAGGACCCACGACUACAGCUGCUGGCCCUGUCCGCAUCUCAGGACUUGUCUUACCACGGCCGCCACCGCCGCCGCCGCCGCUAUCGAAGCCGAGUUUCACGUCUGGUCCCCGCCGUGAAAUCCUCAAAUCGUCCCCAAAACCAUUUCGCCAACAAAUGAAACACUGCUGCUCCGCACGAUGAGGCGGUGUUCGUGGAGGUGAACGGCGUUCGUGCUGCGGGGCAUUGUGGCAGAUACCCACAGUGCCUUGCAAGCAUCGGUCCAAGAGUGCACGUUACACGCGGCAGCAUGAUUCUGUUGUAGAUUUUAUCUCACAUGCACGCUCGUAACCCUCUUUUUAUAUAUAUUUUUUUUUGGCGGAGGGGGUCGGGGGGGGGGAUUUGUUGUUGUGUCAGAAUUCAGAGAGUAAUUCCAUAGAUUUAGCUCAAUCUUGUUACGUAACGUCAGCUAUUCCCGGAGUGCGUGUGGAAGGGCGUAAUCGCGAAGUCACUGGGUCGUCGCCUGCAGACGUCGUCACUGAUAAUAUAACAAAUAAUUUAAAUUCACGCUAACAAAUAAUUUCAAUUCAUAAAGCGCCCUUAAACAAUCGUGCUAAUAAAGUGCCACUGGACCUCACUUUGCAUUCACUCGCAAAACACAACCACAAGCAACAGAUCAUUGAGCAGACUAAAGCUAAAUUUAUAAGCAACAUGAAUGGUCACCACCGCCACCUGUUGGAGUAGACUUUCUACAGUUUACACUUUGGAUGCACAAAGUCUGGCCCAUGCGGUGGGUGUGGUGUGUAGUGUACGCUGAUGGGACUAUGCGUUGGUCUGUAGGGUAAUAGGCUGACCGAUUUGGCAUGGUGGUACAGAACGGAUCACUGUUCUGCGUUGGACCGCAUGAAGGGUUAUUUGUGCGGACCACGCGAGACGUCGUUGGAGCCGCGUGGCCGUGCAGCAUUGGGACAAAGUAAGCCACGGGAACCCGGAGGGCAGCGCAACGCAGUUGCAUGCUGCACACCAAUUCCUGGCGACCCAUCUCUUUCUGAGUCCUGGCCACGCACAGCGUCACGUGGAACCCGUGUAAAAGAACACCGGCUCCGCUCGGGCGAUAGCAGCCAGUUAUGGCGCUGGCCACACUCCCCUUGUGCGCCACGCCGGCCUUAUUUGCUACUUGCUAAUGGUGGCUUUUAUAGGUACGUACUAUAGCAUUGCUUCCUUUGGAUUGUCAGUCGGAACUGGGGGGGGGGGGGGGGGGCGGGAAUGUUCACGAAGGCUGCGUGGGGCGAUUGGACGGCACGGUGUGUCGGGGCUGUGUGGUGCACGCGCCGUGGUGUGUGUGGUGCACGCGCGCGGUGCCGUGACCAGUCUGAGAUCACCUGACUCGCUGCUCCUGCACCUUUGAGCAACGCAGCUGCACAGUGCACCGCUAACCAUGCUGCACAUUCACGUGACGAGCGGGGUUCAAUAACAUUUCCAGUGCAGGAGUCUUAAGUUAAAAUAAUGAUAUUCGAGGUGUUUCGGUGAUAUUUAUAAGCGAUGCUGCUCCCAACUGGAGUGGCAAGUGGGAUUCGAAUUAUGUUAUCUUAUUAAGCUGCAGAAUUAUAUAUACAUGGCUGAUUGAAUUUGAGGUCAAUAUCAUUGUUAACUGGUGAUGAUGAUUAAUAAGAUCCCACCCACUAGACACGCGGGGAUGCUUACGGACGCUCGGACCAAUGGCAUUAUGUGCUUUGAAUGUUUAUUAUUGAUUUUACAACAAUUGACACUGAACUAUUUAGUUUUUUUUUUAUAUAAAACAGCUUCUUAGUGCUAGGUUAUGUAGCUUUUAAAUUAAAACUAUUAAGGUCUGUAAACCCGUAUUCUUUUUUCAAUUGUAAUGUUGAAUAUGCCAGUAUUUAUUAUUUUAUGUGAUAAUAUAUUGUCAACCCGUUUUUAUUUAUGAACGAUUGCUCGUGUAGACGGGACAUCCCCGCAUACCGGCUGAACCCGUCAGCAGGGUGGGCGUGCGUGCGGUACGUGUGCGGUCAGUCCCAGCAGUUUACAAGCACUGUCGACUAUUUAAACCACGUAGAAGUCCAUUGAGAUUAAAUUGUUCUUUUCAAGGGACUUGGUUAAUUGUCUCUAUAUGGCCUUGGGAGGGGAGCACCUUAAAAGCCAGAUGGUGUGUGUGUGGCGGGGGGGGUUACUGUAAACAUCAGCAAGAGGCUGGGGGUUUGUAAACGUUUCCACGGCCGUGUGAUCGGGCAAGAGGAAGGAGGGGACGUCAUGGCAAGGGUGCUUUGGAACCAAACGUGGUACUGGCCAUAAUGACCUCCUGCCAUUGUGGCUUUCUUUUUGUCCUCUUAUCCUGCGGUCCAGUCUGCGGGCUGUACCCGAUUUUAAUUGAAGGCAAACUUGACAGCCCGCCGUUGCGACUCGAGCGCGAGAACUUUGCCGCGGCGUUUUCUUGCGAGCGGGCGGGCGGGCAUCGCGUCGGGCUUCGUAUGCAAGCGCCACGUUGACGAACAAGCGAAAGACGAGUACAAUCUGCAGCACAUUUCACAGCGAGCCGGAGGGCGGUGGGUGUGCUCGCCCUUCGUCAGGAGAUCGUUUUGGCUGCACCUCGCAGCUGGGUUGGACGAGCCAGCCAAGUUCAUUGAUUCUGCCUUGGUACCAAUAACCCACGCGUGGUCUUAAACAGCCUUAUUGUCGGAUUUCGUUGGAACGAUCGAAUAAAUAAAUAAAGAAAUAUAUAUCGAGAGAGUAUAAACAAUAUAUAUACUGAAUAAAAAUAUAAAAUUAGUAAUGACCCACCACACCCCUGCCGUUUAAAUUAAUAUUUUCACCCUAAUUGCACCUGCGGUGGCUUACAUAUAUAGAGUCAAUUUUAUAUAGUUGCUAUACCAGUACUUGUUUCUAAAUGGAAAUAGAAAUGUGACGUUUUGUGACAGGGAAGGCAUUAGAAAUUCUGAAACUCCGUGCGUGUGCAGAGUGUAUGACACGUAGCUUGCUAAAUUGCUAGAAUGUGAACCAACCAUCACUACGACAUAUCAAUGCACAUCAACACCGGUAGAGACGCGCGUGCGCGCAUCACGGCCAUUCGCAUACCCCAAAAAUAACGCGCGUGACCGUGCGACUCCUCGCGAUAUUCGGUACGACGGUCUGCUGUUGCCUGACCUCCAAUUCACCGAUUGACCCCAGCUGAAAGCAUAAAGCCCCCCUCCCCCCCCCAAAACCACCCCUCUCCUCCGCCUCGACGUGCUGAGCGGUUCAGGGUGAGGCCACCUCUAGGGGCCACCUUUGCACGAACCAAGCCACCUUGCCUUCGCGAUGGGCCAGGGUGGACUCGCACGAGUUUGGGUGACUCCACCAAGACGUGUCACGGGGGGGGGGGGGGGGCUCUCUGCGGCUGUUGCUGGCCGCGUUACUGAACGUGGAGAUUUCGGUGCAGAAUGGCCACACCACAGGGAAAAGGGGCUGAGGGGGGGUGAAGUUGUCCCGUUGGCUGUAGAAUACUGUACAACACUUCUUUUUAGUAAACAGCUGCUGUACCAAUCCGUUUCCUGAAUACGGUAUUUGUAAAACUAACUUAUUGCUGAGAGAGUCAAUGUAUAAUGAAUUAUAUAGAGUCCGUAUUUUUUAUGUACAUAGAUGUGGUUUCCAGGAGUUGGGAACGGGUUGGGGAGGGGGGGGAUUAUUUUAUUUAAGGCAUUUAUUGAGCAGAAACUUUCUUGGACACUGAAAAUUAUAAUGUUGCAACGUUUCCUACUGCUGCAGAAAUAGAGUUUAAAAUAUUAUAAUGAUGUCGAAGUAUAUUUAAUUAAACUAUUAGCACUGACAGGCUGAAUGAUGUAAUUUAACAGCGCGUGCCUGUGUGUCUUCCUGUAUAUAUAUUGUAAGUAGCAUAAGCUUGAUUGAUCUGCAGGUUGACUUCGGUGGAUUAUACGUUCUGUUCGCUGGUGAGUUUUGGGCUAAAGUAUGUACAGUCAAGAAUUAGGCAUGUUAUCAAACAAUAAAACGCAUUUCCAAUGCAA